GAGUCAUGAAAAAUAUCGGCAACAGUUUGAUUUUUGACAGCGACGGUCUCAGAAUUAUAAACGAACAACUAAAGCUGAAUGCUUUAACCAAUUAUGGUUCAGAACGGCUACUCUAAUGGCAAUAACAUGGCUAACAAGGCUCAAAGUUCUACAGAUAUUAAGCCCAUUUAUGCGCUCGAUCAUUUGGGUACGUUUAAACUAAAAACUGAUGCUGAGGUACGAAGGCCCAAGGAUAAACUCAAAACUCUAAUGGAGUUGGACAAGGUGGGAGGCGUAUGGCCCAUGAAGAUGUACAUGUGCUUCAAUGGCCAAUGGUUGGUGAUGUUAGAUAGCAAUAUGAAAGAAAUUGAAAAUUUCCCUGGUUCCCUGAUCGCAGAGCCCACUGCUUUCAUUAGUGAAGAUCCCAUGGAGGCCUAUAAUAACUUAUUGAUAUUUUCGGUACCUGGCAUUACCUUGGGCAAUACGGAAAUGCAUAUUUUCCAGGUUACCGAUGUGUCUGCUGUUCACUUGGUAGAGGAUUUGAAAUUAUUGACCCUAGGAAAAUCGGUUACAGUCGAUCGCAAUAAAUCUCCCAUAGUUUUACCCAAACAUAUGCAUACCAGCAAAGAUCAAUAUGGUCUGGCUGAGGCUGCUGCCGAAGCGGCCGCCGAAAAAACUGCCCAAGAUCAAGAGCAAACAGCCAAAGAUAUACAAGUCUUGAACCACUGUUUCGAAGAUAUUGAACGUUUUGUCAUACGCCUACAGUUUGCCGCCGAGGCAUUGCGUGAGCUGGAAGUGCGAAAACACGAGCACAGCACGCAUGGCGAAGGCUUGCUGCUGAAUCGUUCUCGCCCACCAACCGAAAGUGAAUUUCGCGAUAUUUUUGCCAAACACAAGUUGGCCUUCAAUUAUGUGGCCAAAUUGCAAAGCCAUUUUCAAGAUUCUGCUGAGCCCAUACACAAUUCAUUUGUAUCCUUACAAGCCAUCACUGGAGUAUGCAAUGAUGUCUAUGUUGGAGCCAAUGUGGCGGAAAAUGUUGUUGAUCCUCUGUUGAGAAUAGAUACGAUAUCCUUUUUAAAGUCAUGCCUUAAUGAAGAGGAGACUGCAUUUUGGCAAUCCCUGGGCACCAAUUGGACACUGGCCAAGGAACAUUUCAAGGAUCACAAAGAUGCAUAUCAUCCAACUUUCUAUGAUGAAUGGUCCCCGGAUUGGGAGGUAGAUGAAAAGGUGGCCUUUAUACCUCCACCCACUGCACCUAAAAAAGCCCAGCAACCUCCACAAUCUCCGAAUCCCGAAUACAAUAAUACAUGGUUGGCCCGUCUCCAAACGAGAAAUGUAAAAAUUGCCGAAGUCCAGUACAACAAGGUGGCCAAUAAUGAUAGAGAAUUGAGUGUUACCAAAGGAGAAUAUCUAGAGAUCAUUGAUGAUUCACGCAACUGGUGGAAGGCUCGCAAUUCUGCCGGCAAUAUUGGCUAUGUUCCCCAUACCUUGUUGUCUGCCACCAAUUUCGAAGUAAAUUCCAAUUAUUCAGGCAGAGAUAACGAUUCUUUAGCUUCAAUACCAGAUAUUGGUAAUCAAGAGACCCAACUGCAAAGGAAUGCGAAUAAUCGCAAAACUCUAACCACCUUCAUACCACCAACUGAAGAACAAUUGGCAGCACAAUUGGCCCUAAGAAAUGCAAACAGAUCAUCAAUGCCCAGAUCAGUUAGUAUGCCUAAUGUACCGGCGCCACCACCAUUGCCACCACAAAGCGAGCCAGUAACACCAUCAGGCACAAUAAAACGUAAUAUGGCUCUUAAUGGCAAUAUAGCGGCAAUGCGGGCUCGUACCGAACUUAAUGAUGAUGAUGAUGAAGCCCUCAUGCUACAAUACAAUGUUAAUGAUGAAUUGAAAUUUACCCUAAUGCAAAGGGAAAAACGUCGCGAUUUGGAAAUUCUAAAAACACCUCAAAUAUAUAUCAACCAAAGAUCGGAGCCCAAAGAAGUUGGUGAAUGGUUGCGUGCCAAGGGAUUCUCCGAUGACAUUGUCAAGAAGUUGCGUGGCCUCAAUGGAGAAGAACUUUUCGCCUUAUCGCCUCAUAUAAUCGAGGGUUAUUUUGGCCAAAGAGAAAGUCGACGCCUAAUAUCACAGAUUGUUUUGCAGAAAAAUAUUUGCGAAUUUAAAACAGUUCGUUCCUCGGAAUUAAAUGCAAAAUUGGCCAGAGCCCGUCAAAAGAUUGAAAGCCAAAAUUUGGAUCCCAAUGAAGUAUUUUGAUCAUAAAAUUUUUUUGUUCUGUACAUAUACAAGUGUGUGUGUGUUAUAUUUGGGUUAUUUAUAUAAAAAUGCAAAUUGUUUAUUUUGAAUUAAUUUAUGAACCAAAAAAAAAAUAUUUAAUGCCUA